GCUACCGGCGCCAUAUUUUUCAGUAGAGUGCUCACCACUGGAAGCCAACUGUCGCAGUCAACCGUCUCGUCCCCCGGGUCAGGCACCACAGGGGGGGACGCGAAGGAAGCGUGAGUCUGGAGGAGGAGGCUGUAGUAGGAGGGUCAUGGCAUCCAUUCUUCUGAGGAGCCCUGGCAGCUGGGCACCCGCCCGCUUCCCCAUGCCCGUCGCCGCAGCGUGGGACGGUGGCCUGGGGGACGGUCCCACGUACCAACACCGUACCAACACCGUUGGGCUGGUCAGCCGCAUGGAUGCGCCAUUUGGCUGCUGCGCUCGUGUCCACUCAUUGUACCGCUCCUUCAGAGGCCAUUGCUUCCACAGCUGGCCUCUGAGGCCCGAGCGCUUGCACACGGUGGCAUCCGCCCCGCGUUUGGUUGUCAUAGGACCUGGGGACCUUCCUGUGCGCUGCUGGCACUCGUCGUACCCCCUCAGCAGUAACUCCACAGUGACAUCUCCCAAGUCCCUCAGGGACAAGAAUAAGAAGCUAGAGGAAGGUAGCCCUGUGUCCAACACCACCGCGGAGCGGGCAGUGAAGCCUGGCCUCAAGCAGAGGAUCCUAGACGGGCUGAAGCACGUUUACCACGGCUUCCGCCUGCUCUGGAUCGACACCAAGAUCGCUGUGCGCACGCUCUGGAAGAUUCUCAAGGGCCAGACCCUGAGCCGCAGGGAGCAUAAGCAGUUAGUUCGGGUCUGCGCUGACCUCUUCCGCCUUGUACCACUCCUUGCCUUUGUGGUAGUGCCAUUCAUGGAGUUUCUGCUACCCAUUGCCCUCAAACUCUUUCCCAACAUGUUGCCAUCCACGUUUGAGACACAAUCUAUCAAGGAAGAGAAGCUGAAAAAGAAGCUGCGGGUCAAGCUGGAGCUGGCCAAGUUCCUACAGGACACUGCUGAGGAGAUGGCCUCUAGGAACAAGGCAGCCACCGGGAGCACUGCCAAAGACUUCUCCCAGUUUUUCCAGAAGAUCAGAGAAACUAAUGAAAGACCUAGCAAUGAGGAAAUCGUGCGUUUUUCCAGGUUGUUUAAGGAUGAGCUGACCCUGGGUAACCUGCCCCGGCAGCAGCUGAUGGCUCUGUGUAAGCUGCUGGGACUCCAGGCCAUUGGCACCAACAGCUUCCUACGCUUCCAGAUUACCAUGCAGCUGAGGUCCAUAAAGGCUGAUGACGAGCUGAUUGCUAAAGAAGGGGUAGACAGCCUGAAUGUCACGGAGUUGCAAUCAGCCUGUCGGGAGAGAGGCAUGCCUGUCCUGGGUGUCACAGAAGAUCGGCUGAGGGACCAGCUGAAGCAGUGGCUGGACUUGCACCUGCACCAAAAGAUCCCCACUUCACUACUUAUAUUAUCUCAAGCUAUGUAUUUCCCAACCACCUUCUCUCCUACUGACCAGCUCACAUCCACACUGCAGAAGCUUCCAGAGACUGUGGUGAAGGGAGCCCAGGUUCAAGUGGCCAAUGUUAAAGGCAGUCAGGUGGACAACAAGAUGAAGCUAGAGGCCACGCUGCAGGAGGAGGCAGCCAUCCAACAGGAGCACUGGGAGAAGGAACUACAGAUGCUGUCCCAAGCAGUGGUAGAAGACACCUCUGGGAGGCCAAUGGCUGACCAGCAGCUGGAAGUGUCAGAUAGGAGUCUGCCAUCAGAGUCCCAUCUCAUUGCCCCUGUGGUUGAGGUGUUGAAGGAAGAGGAAAUAACUAAGGAAGAAAUCCACAUACUCAGCAGUGCCUGUUCUCAACUGAAGGAGCAGAGGAAGUCCCUAUCCAAGGAGAAAGAAGAGCUUGAACUGCUGAAGGAAGAUGUCCAGGACCACAGUGAGGACUUACUAGAGAUCAAGAAGGAACUUUUGAAGACUGGUGGAAAAAAACAUGUGGAAGCACCUAAAGCCAGCCAGAGGGUAAAAAAGAGAGUCCAGCAGAUGAUUGGACAGAUACACAGCUUGAUCUUGCAGCUGGAGACAGACCAGAAGGCUGGCAAGCUAGAGCCAGCAAAGGGCUCACUCACAGGGACAGAAAUUGUCAGUAUCACUGAGCUCGCCAGUGCCCUGAAGCAAAUCAAGCACAUUCCAGAAACUAAGCUGAUCCACUUGGCCUCAACAUUUGAUAAGAAUAAGGAUGGCAAGAUCAACAUUGACAAAUUCAUGAAUAUGGUUGAGCUGAUAGACAAAGAAGACAUUGACAUCCCCACCAGCCAGGUGGCCACAGUUUUGGCAAUGCUGGAAAAGGAGGAGAUGAUAAAGAAGGCCAAAGAAAGGGCUGAGAAGGAGGCUGCAGGAGUGAAGGCUUAGGGCUGUCCCAGCUCCCUGGCAUGUUGGUGGUGCUGCUCAUAUCUGCUUCCAUCACUGCACCAGCUGCUGUGCCGAUGACCCCAGUGGUGAUUGCUUUGAGGGAUCCAUAGUGGCAAAUGUAAUAUUUUGCCUUGAAUGAAUCAGAAACUUCAAUUAAAACACACAUAAAAAGAAAUUGGGAGAUAUUUCUUGUUCACAGAUAGGAAGGAAUAGUCCGCAUGGUUAAGAUGUCAUUUCUUUUCAGAUUGUUCUACAGUUUCAACAUAACCCCAAUUAAAACUCAGCAAGUUUCUUUGUGGAUUUUGUCAGAAUAGCCAAUAAAAUUACAAAAAAGAACAGUCAGAGGACUGAUGCUACUCAACUUCAAAUCUAUCAUAAUGGAACAGUAAUCCACAUAGUGUGGUAUUGGUGAAAGAAAAGACAAAUAGAUCAAUGAACAGAAAAGGGGGGCUAGCACUAGACCUUUACAAAUAUCUUUUGACAGUUGUCUUAACAGAUAAAAAAAUAGUUUUUCAAUAAACAGUGCUGGAACAACUGGAAUAUAUAUGCAACAAAAAAAAUCUAGACAGACUUUUACACCUUUAAAAAAAUAGCUCACAAUAGAUUAUAGACCUAAACAUAAGACUAUUAAUGUUCCACAAGAUAACUUAGAAGAAAAUUGUGAAACUUUGGGUUUGGCAGUGAGUUUUCAGAUACAACAUAAGUAUGAUCCAUAAAGGAGAAAGUGGAUAAAUUGGGCUCCAUUAAAAUUAAAAAUCUGUUCCACAGAAGACACUGCUAAGAAAAUGAAAAGACAAGCCACACCAGCUAAAACACAUCUGUUAAAGGACUUGUACUCAAGUCUUCUUAAAACUCAACAAUAAGCAAACAACCCAACUUUAAAAAUGGGCACUUCUUGGGGUGUAGCUCAGUGGUAGAGCACUUGCCUACCAUGUUAAAGGCCCUAGGUUUGAUCCCCUGCACAUAAGCACACACAAAAGCAAGAUAUCUGAAUACGCACUUCACCAAUGAAGAUAAUGCAGAUGGCAACGUGCAUAUGAGAAGAUGUUGGACAUAAUUUGUCACUAAGAAGCUGCUAAUUAAAGCAAUGAGACACCCUACACAUCUAGUUAGAAUGGCUAAAAUCCAAAUCACAAAAUCCCAAAUGCUAUCAAGGAUGCAAGAACAAUAGGAACUCUCUUCAUUGCUUACAGUGAUGCAAAAUGGUCCAGCCACUGGGGAAGACAGUUUGGCAGUUUGUUACAAAGCUAAACAUACUCUUAGCAUACAAUCCAGCAAUUAUGCUCUUAGAUGUUUACCCAGUUACGUUGAACACUGCUGUCCAUACAAAAACUGACACAUGUAUCGAGUACCUUUGUCUAUGAUCACCAAAAAGUGGAAUUAUCAAGGUAUCCUUCUGUAGGUAAAGGCAUGAAUUGUGGUACAGCCUUACAAUGAAAUAUUAUUCAACAGUAAGAAAUGAACUAUGAGACCACAAGCAGACAUGGAGAAAGCUCAAAGGCUCUUUACUACUUGAAAGAAACCAGCUGGAAAGACUACACUGUAUGAUUCCUACUAUAUAAUCUAGAAAAGGCAAAACCAUAGAGACAGUAAAAAGUUUCCAGAAGCUUAGGAAUAGGGUCUAGGGAGGUAAGGAAGUAUAGGGGUAGCCAAGGGGAUUUUUUAGGCCAGUGAAACUGUUUUGUAUGAUACUAUAAUAUUGGAUACAUGACAUUCAGUUGUCAAACCUAUAGAAGUGAACCAGACAGAGAACCCUAGUGUAAACUAUGGACUUUGAUUAGUAAUAUGUAUUAACACAUAUUAUGUCAAUGUUGGUUCAUUGUAACAUCAAACGAUGCAAGAUAUUAAUACAGGGAAAGCAUGGGGGGGGCAGUGGAGGAGGCAUGUUGGAACUCAAUUUACCUCCAAAUCUAGAACUAUUUUUUUAAAGAGUAAAAACUAUUAAGUUAAAACAUA